AUGGACUAUAGGACAGGACUGCUGCUUCUAACUAUCUGCUGGACAGGUGUUGAUGGUCAGACUCUGACAGAAUCUGAACCAGCAGUUAAAAAGCCUGGAGAAUCCCACAAACUGACCUGUACAUAUGCAGGAAUAUCAGAUGAUAAUGCUCAUGUCGGCUGGAUCAGACAAGCUGAAGGGAAAGCACUGGAGUGGGUUGCCUACAUUUCUGCUCCGAGUGGAAGCACUAAAGCUUAUUCCACAUCAGUCCAGAAUCGCUUCACCAUUUCCAGAGACAACAAUGUGGACCAGGUGUAUCUGCAGAUGAACAGCUUGAAGACUGAAGACUCUGCUGUUUAUUAUUGUGCUCGACAUUAUCUGGGAACAGACUGUGACUACGCUUUUGACUACUGGGGGAAAGGCACAAUGGUCACCGUCACUUCAGCUGUAUCGACUUUGCCAACUUUGUUUCCCCUAAUACCAUGUGGCUCCGGGACCGGAGACAUGAUCACUCUUGGCUGCCUCGCCACCGGCUUCACACCCUCCUCACUGACCUUCUCAUGGGGAAAAAAUGGUGCUCCCUUGGAUGCCACGUAUGUCACUCAGUAUCCUUCAGUACCGAAAGGAAACUUUUAUACGGGAGUCAGUCAAGUUCGAGUGAGGAGACAGGACUGGGAUAACAAGCAGGCUUUUAAGUGUGCUGUGGCACAUGCAACAGGAAAUGUUGAGACUGGUGACAUCGUUAAAAAAGAACCGCGAGUUAUCGCUCCAGACAUCACAUUGUAUCCUGUUUGGGAAAGUGAUUUUGCGACCUCAGCAGUCAGACUUCUCUGCACCCUAAGUGGCUUUUUCCCAGGCACACUGAAUGUGACAUGGCAACAAGACAAACAAAAUUUAAACACCGGGCAAAUCACAAGGAAGCUGCAGAGUGUGGAGGAAGGGGAGAAGACCUUCAGUCUAAGCAGUGAGAUUGUGCCAAAUAUGUCAGAGUGGGCAAAAGGUUCAACAUUUUCAUGCAAGGCCAAGCACAACAGCAAAGACUUUGAAAAAUCAAUAGAUAUAUGUCAAAUCUAUGCAAGUGCUCCUCCUUACGUUCAUGUGGAGAUUCCUAGCUUCAAGACAGCAAUGAUGGCAGCAGCUGAGGUGAAAGCAACUUGUCUGGUCCACACUGUUUUUGAUGCUAAGGUGACCUGGCUGUUGGAUAACAUAUCUCACUCCAAUAACCAAGUGAACCAGGCAACAAACUCAACUCAUAUAAUCAGCAAUCUGACAGUUUCCUUAAGUCAGUGGAAAAAUAUGAAGCUUCUUAAAUGUAAAGCUGAACAUAGAUGUUUCUCAUCCGCUGAAGAGACCGUCGUUGUUUCAAAACCUGAAGUUACAAGUCCAUCAGUGGAGAUCAGGAGAUUUCUCCCAGAUAUACUGAAGGGAGACAGAGCUGUGCUCGAAUGUGUCAUCACACAACUUUCCUCCAGUGACGUUUACGUCACCUUUCAGGCCAACAACGCUGACAUCUCUGAUAAACAGUUUGUUGAUCUUCCUGAAACCCCCGGCCCUCAUUCAACCAGUAAAUAUUUCACUGUCCCUAACAAGUACUGGCAAGAAGACACACGUUUCACCUGCAAAGUGAAUGUAGGCUUCUUCAACAGAAAUAUCUCCUCAAAGUCAACUGACAAUAUUUUUGUGGAUCCAUCAGUGGAGCUGCUGCUUCUUCCCAGUGAUGAGUCUGGACCACAGACACUCAUAUGCUCUGGAAAGGGCUUCAACCCUCAAAUUGAGUGGACUCAUGAGUCUCAGCAAAACUUUAUUGACAUCAGCGUGGCUGCAGAUGGACUUGUGGUAGUAACCAGUCAACUACAAGUCCCCCAAACAGACUGGAAAAGGGGGAAGGUCUUCACUUGUCAAGUGUCUGAUGGGUCUCUGAAUAAAAAUGUCAGGAAGGACAUCAGCCUCUGCUCAGCUCAUUCAAGUGCUCCUCCUUACAUUCAUGUGGAGAUUCCUAGCUUCAAGACAGCAAUGAUGGCAGCAGCUGAGGUGAAAGCAACUUGUCUGGUCCACACUGUUUUUGAUGCUAAGGUGACCUGGCUGUUGGAUAACAUAUCUCACUCCAAUAACCAAGUGAACCAGGCAACAAACUCAACUCAUAUAAUCAGCAAUCUGACAGUUUCCUUAAGUCAGUGGAAAAAUAUGAAGCUUCUUAAAUGUAAAGCUGAACAUAGAUGUUUCUCAUCCGCUGAAGAGACCGUCGUUGUUUCAAAACCUGAAGUUACAAGUCCAUCAGUGGAGAUCAGGAGAUUUCUCCCAGAUAUACUGAAGGGAGACAGAGCUGUGCUCGAAUGUGUCAUCACACAACUUUCCUCCAGUGACGUUUACGUCACCUUUCAGGCCAACAACGCUGACAUCUCUGAUAAACAGUUUGUUGAUCUUCCUGAAACCCCAGGCCCUCAUUCAACCAGUAAAUAUUUCACUGUCCCUAACAAGUACUGGCAAGAAGACACACGUUUCACCUGCAAAGUGAAUGUAGGCUUCUUCAACAGAAAUAUCUCCUCAAAGUCAACUGACAAUAUUUUUGUGGAUCCAUCAGUGGAGCUGCUGCUUCUUCCCAGUGAUGAGUCUGGACCACAGACACUCAUAUGCUCUGGAAAGGGCUUCAACCCUCAAAUUGAGUGGACUCAUGAGUCUCAGCAAAACUUUAUUGACAUCAGCGUGGCUGCAGAUGGACUUGUGGUAGUAACCAGUCAACUACAAGUCCCCCAAACAGACUGGAAAAGAGGGAAGGUCUUCACUUGUCAAGUGUCUGAUGGGUCUCUGAAUAAAAAUGUCAGGAAGGACAUCAGCCUCUGCUCAGCUCAUUCAAGUGCUCCUCCUUACAUUCAUGUGGAGAUUCCUAGCUUCAAGACAGCAAUGAUGGCAGCAGCUGAGGUGAAAGCAACUUGUCUGGUCCACACUGUUUUUGAUGCUAAGGUGACCUGGCUGUUGGAUAACAUAUCUCACUCCAAUAACCAAGUGAACCAGGCAACAAACUCAACUCAUAUAAUCAGCAAUCUGACAGUUUCCUUAAGUCAGUGGAAAAAUAUGAAGCUUCUUAAAUGUAAAGCUGAACAUAGAUGUUUCUCAUCCGCUGAAGAGACCGUCGUUGUUUCAAAACCUGAAGUUACAAGUCCAUCAGUGGAGAUCAGGAGAUUUCUCCCAGAUAUACUGAAGGGAGACAGAGCUGUGCUCGAAUGUGUCAUCACACAACUUUCCUCCAGUGACGUUUACGUCACCUUUCAGGCCAACAACGCUGACAUCUCUGAUAAACAGUUUGUUGAUCUUCCUGAAACCCCAGGCCCUCAUUCAACCAGUAAAUAUUUCACUGUCCCUAACAAGUACUGGCAAGAAGACACACGUUUCACCUGCAAAGUGAAUGUAGGCUUCUUCAACAGAAAUAUCUCCUCAAAGUCAACUGACAAUAUUUUUGUGGAUCCAUCAGUGGAGCUGCUGCUCCUUCCCAGUGAUGAGUCUGGACCACAGACACUCAUAUGCUCUGGAAAGGGCUUCAACCCUCAAAUUGAGUGGACUCAUGAGUCUCAGCAAAACUUUAUUGACAUCAGCGUGGCUGCAGAUGGACUUGUGGUAGUAACCAGUCAACUACAAGUCCCCCAAACAGACUGGAAAAGAGGGAAGGUCUUCACUUGUCAAGUGUCUGAUGGGUCUCUGAAUAAAAAUGUCAGGAAGAACAUCAGCCGCUGCUCGGUAACUCUACCAUCAUAUCAAACAGUCGGUGUGUAUGUUUGGGGACCACCCAUCCAGCAGCUUCAGAACAAGGGACAAGUCACUAUCACUUGCCUUCUGGUCGGCUCUCAUCUCAGUGAUUUCUCCCUCACCUGGAAAGUAGGUGGGAGCAGUUAUUCUCCAAAUCUGCAUACAGAGCCACCAGAGAGUCACAGGAAUGGGACCGAAACUUUGCGGAGCUUCCUCAAUGUGUCAGCAGAGGAUUGGCACACAUAUAAACAAGUAUCUUGUGAGGGAAAGCACAAAUGUUCCAACCAAGGCUACAAGAACCAUAUAAGCAAAACCACAGGGCUACAUCCACCGACAGUGAAAAUAAUACAACCUACCAUCUCUGAGCUGUCUACGUCAGACAUCCUUGCACUGGUUUGCGAAGUCUCUGGAUUUUUCCCAUCUAACAUCAUAGUGUACUGGGAGAAGGAUGGCCAGAGACUCCCAUCAACUGACUUCACCAACGGCCCUGCAUGGAAUACAGGGAGCAGUUAUUCAAUGAGCAGCAAACUAAACACAUCUAAAACAGAGGGCCAGGAUUCCACUUAUUCUUGUGUUGUCAGGCAUGAAUCAUCUGAAACGUCUUUUAAAAGCACUAUAAAGGAUGUGUUUGCCAGUGUGACCCCCACCAAACCUACAGCCACCUUGCUCCAGGGCUCUGCUGAACUCUUGUGCCUGGUGUUUGGCUUCAGUCCUGCUUCCAUUAACAUCACUUGGCUCCUUGACGACACACAGGAGCUGUUGGACUACAACACCAGUGAACCCCACAGAGGCCCAGGCGGAAAGUUCAGCAUCCAAAGCCGCCUUCAUCUGUCCCGAUCCAACUGGUUAUCUGGGGCAGUCCACACCUGCAGGGUAACACACGCAACCAUCACCCUUGCUCUCAAUAUAUCUAAACCAGUAAUCAUGGAGAACUGCGGUUUCUUAGAUGACAUCAUGCAUGCUGAUGUUAACCAGGACAUAGGCGUGGAAAGCUGGUAUAUGGCUGUCAUGUUCCUCUUUUUUUUCAUCAUCUCCGUAGUCUACGGUGUCUUGGCUACCCUAUUCAAGACUAAAUGAUGAUGACCACAGGACCGCUCCUACUUUAUGUGGACUUUUGAAAAGUAUUAUGAACUGAUUGUGAUUUUAUAUUUCAACUUUAAUAUUAUACAAAACUUGUUGGUACUAUAUUCAUUUCUUUUUAUGUUUCAGUUUUAUAUUUGAUGUGACAUGUAUGUGUGUAAUGCAUGUGUGUAAGAAAGGAGGAAACAACAACAAAUGAAUGUAAAUAAAGCUUUAAAUAAGACUUUAAAAUUCAAAUACUAAUGUCACAAACAAAUAUUCAUCACUGGACUUGUUCUUGCAUUCGGACAAAUAAAGAGUCAA